CGCUAGCAACUAGAUGAUAAAACGUGAACCAAAUGGGGCUUUCUAAAACCCCGAAAGGAAGUUUCGUUGUUUAUCGUCAGUUGCUGGACCCGUGAUAUUUAUUGUCGCUUAAAUUAGAAACACUUUGAUGUCUGCUGACAGGCAGUUUCACUUCCUCUUUCCUCCUCUUUAAGAGGAUCAUCCGGUCUUCUGUCCCCAAAAUGUGCUGACGGCGGGAGUGUUGACAGGACGGCAGAAAAAAUGACAUUUGGAGCCGGGAAGAGACUUUUGGAUGUCGCUGCAGUCACCUGCAUGCUAUUAUUGUUUGUUGGCUCUUUUCACGCCUUCAAAACUCGACAAUUGUUCACCAGACGCGGAGGCUCGUUUCCCUCCUCUGAGAUUCCCGUCAGCUAUGAAACUUUUUAUUUCGACCAGAAGAUUGAUCAUUUUGGUUUCGUAGAAGAUGGCACUUUCAAACAGCGCUACCUUGUGGCCGACAAGCAGUGGCGCUCGCCGGGCGGUCCCAUUUUGUUCUACACGGGCAACGAAGGCGACAUCACCUGGUUCUGCAACAACACUGGCUUCAUGUGGGACGUGGCCGGAGACCUGGGCGCCAUGUUGAUCUUCGCAGAACAUCGAUACUACGGAGAAUCGAUGCCAUUUGGAGCGGACUCUUACAGCGACAGCAAGCACUUGAACUACCUGACCGCAGAGCAGGCCCUGGCGGAUUUUGCCGUACUGAUCCAGAAUGUGAAGCUCGGCAGAGCCGGAGCCCGGCAAAGCCCGGUCGUCGCCGUCGGGGGAUCGUACGGCGGGAUGCUGGCCGCCUGGUUUCGGAUGAAAUAUCCCAACGUUGUCGUCGGUGCCCUGGCCGCCUCCGCACCAAUAUGGCAGUUCACAGGGAUGGCGCCAUGCGGAGACUUCUACGAAGUCGUCACGCGGGACUUUGCCAAAAGCGGACCCAACUGCGACGCGAACAUCCGAGCGUCGUGGAGGGCCAUCGCUAACCUCUCCGCCACUGCGCAGGGUCUUCAGUGGCUGUCCGAGGAGUUCGGCUUGUGCGCGCCACUCAAGAGCGACAAGGACGUGCCGGGCUUCAAGAGUUGGCUCCAGGAGACGUGGGUGAACCUGGCCAUGGUGGACUACCCCUACAAGGCGGACUUCCUGCGGCCGCUUCCUCGCUGGCCCGUCCAGUCGGUGUGCAAGUAUCUGGCAUUGGAUUCGUACGCAACCGACCAGCAGCUCCUUCACGGCGUGUCCCAAGGAGCCAAGGUCUACUACAACUACAGCGGAAGCUCCUCCUGCCUCAACAUCUCCGAGACCGCCACCGGCAGCCUCGGCAUAUUCGGCUGGGACUACCAGGCCUGCACCGAGAUGGUGAUGCCCAUGUGCACCGACGGAGUCCGCGACAUGUUCGAGCCCGCGGAGUGGAACUUCCAGGCCUUCUCGGAUGAGUGCCACGCCACGUUCGGUGUCCGGCCGCGAGCCGACUGGGCCGGUGUGGUUUUCGGCGGGAAGGACAUCGCCUCGCACAGCAACAUCAUCUUCAGUAACGGAGGUCUGGACCCGUGGUCUUCGGGCGGGGUGACUCGCAACGUGUCCGCCUCCCUGGUGUCCAUCAUGAUUCUGGACGGCGCUCAUCACCUGGACCUGCGCCACGCUAACGAUCUGGACCCGCCUUCUGUGCGGCAGGCCCGCAUGCUGGAGCUGAGCUAUUUCCGGAAGUGGAUCAGACAGGCCGCUAAAAUGCACCACAAUUAGGUUUGAUACUGUUUUUGCAUCAAGUGUGUGUGUGAAUGUGUAUAUAUACGCGCACACUUUUUUUUUUUUUUCUACAAAUCAAAUCAAGGAUUUAAGGAAUAAAAAAUCUAUAUAAUUCAGAA